UUCUUAUCCUGGAUCAUCAUUUAUUUCAUCUGAGGAAAAUUAGACGGAAAAUAAAAAAUUACGUCUAGUUUUUUUCUCAGUUCUAUUCAAUUUUACUUUAUUCGUUUAGACAUACGAAAUAAUGGGUUAUUUCCAAAAUAAACGAAGAACAUUAAUUUGGUUGAUGAUCAUUACUUUUAGUUUAAAUAUGGUUAGAAAUUGUAGAAGUCACGGGGCAGACGGGAGAAUAGCAAAUUUCGUGUUUGGAGAUUCAUUAGCGGAUGUAGGAAACAACAACUACAUUGAUACGUAUUUGAGGGCGAAUAUGACACCUAAUGGUAUCGAUUAUGGAAAGCCGACAGGAAGAUAUACGAAUGGAUAUACCAUUCUUGAUAUGAUAGCCCAUCAAUUUGGAUCAAAGAUAUCAUGUAGCCCACCUUACUUGGACCCAAGCACAAAAGGGAGUGUGAUUUUGCAAGGGGUCAAUUAUGCUUCUGGUGGUUCAGGAAUUCUCAAUGAGACUGGCCGAAUUCAGAAAGCGAGGAUUCCGAUAGACGCGCAACUGGAUAACUUUGCGAAUACAAUCCAACAAAUCAAAUCGUUGAUAGGAGAAGCAGCAACAAAGGAGCUUCUCAACAAAGCCUUUUAUCCAGUAGUAGUUGGGUCCAAUGAUUUCUUGAUGAAUUUCUUACUUCCAAGAUUUCUCACAAUAGAUGAACCCUAUUUGUCUGCUGAAGAAUUCGUUGGUACCAUGAUAACAAAGCUCAGAAUGCAACUUACGAGGCUUUACAAUAUGGGUGCGAGGACGAUAGCAGUGGUAAAUGUGGGACCAAUUGGUUGUAUGCCUUUUGAGAGAACAGUAGGAGUGAGUCUAUUUGGAGGAGAAAAGAAUUGUUCUGAAACCGCUAAUCAAGCAGCUCUAUUAUAUGAUGCCCGUUUAAGGAGCCUAAUCACAGAGCUAAGCAACAAUCUCAAGGGAUCUUUUUUCCUUCACGCAGAUGUUUACCGCAUUUUCAACGAUAUCGUCCUCAAUUAUCGAUCUUAUGGUUUUGAGAAUGGAAGUGCAGCAUGUUGCUCAUUGGCUGGGCCUUUUCAUAGUGUAGCUCCUUGUGGCCCGAAAUCUAAAGUUUGUAGUGAUAGAUCAAAGUAUGUGUUUUGGGAUUCAUAUCAUCCAUCUCAAGCUGCUAAUGUAUUAAUUGCCAAACGUUUAGUUGAUGGGGAUAUCAAAGAUAUUUCACCCAUCAAUAUUCGUCAAUUGUUUACCUCUCAAACCAACAUUCGUCCAUCAUAAAAUAAUUAAAUAUCAUAUGUUCUUUGCAGGGCCGUCUCCGGCAAUUUGGAGGCCCUGUGCUAAAAUACAGAUAUUGGGUCCAUAUAAUUUUUUACGGGCAAUUAUUUAAUGUAAAACAUAUAAUUAUUAUAUUAAUAUUUUUUUAUUUAUAAAAAAUAUUAAGUCAAAUUAAUAAUAUGGUUUAA